AUGGAGCCGGCGCAGGCAGCGAGGCAGCAGUUCCCCCCCAGCGGGUUCGCGGGCAUGACCAACCGAGUCGGCGUGAAGCCCAUCCUGGCGGCGUGUAACGGCUACGCUUUCGGCGGCGGGUUCGAAAUCAUCCUCAACGCCGACAUCGUCAUCGCCUCCGAAUCCGCGAGUUUCGGUCUGUUGGAGGGCAAACGCGGCCUGGCCGCCCUUGCGGGCGCUCUUCCCCGCGUCAUCCGCAACUUCGGGCUCCAGCGCGCCAUGGACCUGGGCUUGACCGCGCGCAUCCUGCCCGUGCGGGAAGCCCAGCAGUGGGGCCUGGUCAAGGACGUGGUGCCGGCGGAGCAGCUCGUCGAGCGCGCGGUCGCGGUCGCGCGCGAGAUCACGGCGCUGAGCCCCGACAGCGUCGUCGUGACCCGCGCGGGCAUCAGGGAGGGGUGGGAGGUGGGGAGUCUCAACCGCGCCACGGCGGCGACGGCGGAGAGGUACAGAUACAGACUGUUCAGUGGGGAGAAUAUGCGGGAAGGACUCGCAGCGUUUCAGGAGAAGAGGGAACCGGUCUGGAAACCAUCCCGUCUGUGA